ACAGUUGUUGAAUACAGCAAAAGGCGGAGAAUGAAAGGUUAAUUAGGAUACAAGUAAAGAGAAGGCAUUUAGUAAAAAAGAAGGUGGCAAAGCAAGAAAGCCGCGUUGUCAGCCUUUGGCGUGCUUAACUCAGCUUAUAUGUCGACUGUUUUAAUGCUUAUACCCCUUUUUCUCCCAAUAACCCAAUGAAGCUAAAUCUACUUUCUUCACCAAUCUUCAUAAAAGAGGAAAAAAAAAUACCCAAAGCAUCAAAGUUAAAGUUUUUGUUUCUUGGUUUGUGUAAUUGAAGGGAAAAGUUGUAGUAUUUGCCACUACACAUAAAACCCAGAUAAAAAAAACAUUUGCCAACAAGUUUUGGUUUUUUGUCUAAAACUGAUGGGUACUUGAAAGUUUGGUUUUUAUUGGAUUUCAGAUUUCAACGGUAAAAGCAAUAUAUAUAUACACAUGUAUGGAUGGAUGGACGGAUGGAUGGAUGGAUGGAUGGAUAUAGAUAUUUGAUUUGUACAUGCCAAGUUUGGAACUUGAAGCUUUAAAGGACCUUAAAAGGUCUUGGUGAUAUGAAUCUUUUAUAUGCUUUAAAAAAUUAGUGUGUGGGGGAGAAGAGGUGAAGUCAGAUUGGUGCUUGUGAUAGUCUCUGGUUUUGGGCAUUAUUUUAGUGUAAAGAGUCUGUUGUUUAUGUCCCCUAAGCUGACCGAGUUCGCCCGCACUCGGUGGGCUUUGCCAUCAACAUAGGAAACAACAACCUCUUCCAUGCCUCUCUUGCCAUUCAAGAGAACCUUUUCUUAAAUUGUUACUCAGAAAAAACCCCAUCGUAUUCAGACCCUCCCUGCCUCGAUUGCUGUUGAGAUUCCGUCAUAUGCUUUCGUAGCAUAUAUCCCUUCCUUUCCCUUAGUUCUUUAGUCUCAUUGAACCACAGAAAUCUGUUUGAAUUCAGAAAACUCGGUCCUCACAGUUGGGAGUAUCGGUUACCAGUUUUGGCAACUUUUCCUCGAGUUGGUGUUAUGUUCCAUUGGUAUUUGAUUUUCUUGUGAUCUGAUCAAGUAGCUGAGAGUAUAGUUUUUGAGGUUUGCAGAGGGGAAGGGGUUCUUUUUGUGUGUCAAUAUGAAGUUCAUGAAGCUUGGAUCGAAGCCAGAUACGUUUCAGAGUGAUGGGAACAAUGCGAGGUACGUGGCAAGUGAGCUGGCAACUGACAUCACUGUCACUGUAGGGGAUGUUAAGUUUUAUCUGCACAAGUUUCCUCUUCUGUCGAAAAGUGCAUACUUACAAAAGUUGGUUGCAAGUGGUAAUGAAGAAAACAAUGAUGAAAUUCAGAUUUCUGACAUUCCCGGAGGCCCAGUUGCCUUUGAGAUAUGUGCCAAAUUUUGUUACGGCAUGACUGUCACCCUCAAUGCUUUCAAUGUUGUCGCUGCUAGAUGUGCAGCUGAGUACUUAGGAAUGCAUGAGACCAUCGAAAAAGGAAACCUAAUUUACAAGAUCGAUGUCUUCCUCAACUCCAGCAUCUUCCAUAGCUGGAAGGAUUCGAUCAUUGUUCUUCAGACCACGAAAUCUAUGUUACCAUUAUCCGAGGAAUUGAAGGUGGUUGGUCUCUGCAUCGAUGCUAUAGCUACCAAGGCUUGCAUUGAUGUUUCCAAGGUUGAUUGGUCCUACACUUAUAACCGGAGGAAGGUCCCAGAGGAAAAUGGAAAUGAUCUGAACUGUAAUGGUUUCAGAAACCGACCUGUGCCAAAGGACUGGUGGGUUGAGGAUUUGUGUGAACUUGAAAUUGAUCUAUAUAAGCGUGUCAUAAUGAAUAUUAAAACCAAAGGAAUACUAUCUCAUGAAGUGAUUGGAGAAGCUUUGAAAGCUUAUUCUUACAGAAGGUUGCCUGGUUUCAGUAAGGGCGUGAUCCGUUCCGGGGAUGUCAUAAAGUAUAGAUCAACAGUUGAUGCUAUUGUCUGGCUGUUGCCUGCUGAGAAAGGAAGUGUAUCUUGUAGUUUCUUGCUGAAGUUAUUGAAAGCAGCCAUCAUUGUUGACUUGGGAGAAAUGGCCCAGGAGCAGCUCGUGAGGCGAAUAGGGCAGCAACUUGAGGAGGCUUCCGUAAAUGAUCUUUCAAUACGAGCUGCAGACGGGGAAGAUGUAGUGUAUGAUGUUGAUACGGUACAGAAAAUAGUGAAAGAGUUUCUGAUGCAAGAUCAGAAUGCUGAAUUCGAGUCGGAAGACAACGAGGUCCAGGAAAUACGAAGACCUGGAAUCCUAACCGAUGCUUCCAAGCUGAUGGUGGCAAAAUUGAUCGAUGCAUAUCUUGCUGAAAUUGCAAAGGAUCCCAACUUACCCUUGUCGAAGUUUGUAGACCUAGCUGAACUGGUGUCUUGCAUCUCUCGGCCUUCUCACGAUGGGCUUUACCGAGCCAUUGACAUGUACCUUAAGGAGCACCCAGGGAUCAGCAAGAGUGAGAGGAAAAGAAUAUGCAAAUUAAUGGAUUGCAAGAAACUAUCAGUUGAUGCAUGUAUGCACGCUGUGCAAAAUGAGAGACUCCCAUUGCGUGUCGUUGUGCAGGUUCUGUUUUUCGAGCAGGUAAGGGCUACUGCUUCAUCAGGAAGUAGCACUCCUGACUUGCCUAGAGGCCUGAAGGAUCUAAAUAUUGGAUCUCAUGGGAGCUCAAGGUCAGCAGCAACCCACCCGGAGGAAGAUUGGGAUGCAGUGGCCACAGCCGAGGAACUCAAGGCCCUGAAAGGCGAAAUAGCUGCCUUGAGGAUGAGCAACGGCAUUGGAGGGAGUGAGAGAAACGGCGGAGAUAGUAGGAACAGCGUCGACAAAGUUGCCAUUAGUAAAAUGAAAGGUUUAUUGAAAUCCAAGAGGAUAUUUUCAAAGAUAUGGUCAAGCAAAGGAGCCCAAGGUGAAAACAGCGGUUCGGAUUCAUCAGAAAGUCUCGGUUCGGCCAAUCCUGAAGAAGCCAAAUCAACACCAUCCAGAAAUAGAAGGCAUUCGGUUUCUUAAAGUAGAAAUGAAAGGAAAAAAACAUAGUAGCUGCCUUUUUUUUGGUGGGUUUUUUGGGGGGGCAUUUUACUAAAAUUGAAAACUAGUUUUAUGUUAAUUUUAGCAAAAAUGAAAGCAUAUAUUGUCAUGAACUAAAACUAUGAUGAAAAACAUUACAGUACUGUAAGGGGAAAGAAUGGUUACUGUAUAAUGAACUUUUGAGGGUCAUUCAUGCAA